CAUGCGCGCACGCGCAGUGGUUGCCACACGAGUUGAAGCAAGAACAGCUCUUUUCGUGUUUGCUGCUGGUUUUACCGAAUAAGAACACAAGAAGAUGUCCCCUGGUGCUGUAGGACAGCGCCUUGUCGCCUGUUUGCUUAACAUCUCCGAGGCUCGAAGCAAAGACAUUGUGGAGAAGGUGGCACGAGCGGCCAUUUUCAACAGCAGAGGAGGGCAGCGAGAGGGGACCACUGUUCUCAACAUCUUCAGUGACCACGACUACAACCGUUCAGUCAUCACCAUUGCAGCCAGCAUUGAUGGAAUCAGGGAGGCUGUGCUAUCGGCAUGCCAACAGGCCUGUCAGCUCAUUGACAUGCGGGGCCAUGUGGGGGACCACCCCUGCAUGGGUGCUGUGGAUCUGGUGCCCAUAUAUCCCUUAGGGGAGAAGGUGGGCCUGGAGGAGUGUGGGAAGGAGGCAAGAGCUCUGGCUGUCACCCUGACCGAAAUGGUUCCUGGCACUAGUGCCUUCCAUUUUGGCUUUGCCGAUUUGCCCCAGCGCCGUGGUCUGGCCCAGAGGCGCAAGGAGCUGGGCUGGUUCAGGAAAGACCUGGACAGGGAGGCCAUUAAGCCGGAUGUGGGGGAAAAGAUUGAGAGGAGAUAUGGCCUCACAGGCGUGGGUGCCGGCCCCUACGUAACUAACUGCAACGUGACGAUCGACACAUGUGACGUGGACGUGGGCAAGCGUGUGGCCCAAGGGCUGCGGGAGUCCAGCGCGGGGGGCCUGCCGGGGGUGCAGGUGCUCGCCCUGCCCCACGAGGGCGCCGUGGAGAUUGCCUGCAACGUGGAGAGCGUGCGGGGGGCCCCACCAGAGGCAAACUGGCCCUCCUUCACUAUUGGAGGUGAGCAGUACUGCCACACUCCUGCCUCCCUGAUCACUGCCCGUGUGGCACAGCUGGCAGGAGAGCAUGGUGUGGGCACCAAAGGCACCGCCCUGGUGGGGUUCACCCCCAAGGAGUGCAGGGGCUUGGCCGAAUGGGCACUGUCGCAGGGUAUUGCUGAGUUUUGGCGGGAACAGCAAAGGGUGCGCAUGUGAAGAGGGACAAAAGUUUCCUCCACCACUUUUUGUGCAGCAUGACUUUAAACCUUGAUGCACACGUACCGAACGAAAAACAGAAAACCAGUCUACUGUCACGUUGUAUGACCAGUAAGGCCUGUAUAUCUCUUGGCAUAAAAGUGUCUGGGAUUCUGCAGAAGGCAUAUGACACUACUUUCUCACGAGAAAACCGAUCAUCUUGCACUAUGUAAACGGGAAUGCUAAUUGCUGUCCCAGGCAUCAUUCCAGAAUGCUCGAUUGGGUUCAGAUCUAGUGACUCAGAAGGAAAUUACAUGUUAAUUACAUCAGCGUCAUGCUCUGUGAACCACUGGGCGAGUACUCGUGCUCCAUGGCACUGUCAUCUCGCAAAAUGUCCCCCUUUGUGCAGCAAACAUGGGGUGCAGAUGGUUGCUCAGUAGCAUUAUGUAAACGCUCACUUAGCCCUUGUCUUCUCAGGCUAUAAGUGCACUCAAACCAUGUCAGGAAAUGAACCCUACUACCAUUAUAGAACCACCAAAACCACCUUCUCUGUUAUUUCGGCCAACUGGGGUUUUCUGUCUAGAUCCUGUGUUGUUGCUCACCAAAACUUACAAUUGUAUGAAACAAUAACAAGAAUUUUGUUCAGA